AAUUCACUUGUCCGCUCUCCCCCGAGGCGGAAUCUAGCGGAGUCAUGACAAUUUUUCCCGAUCGCACCAAACGUAACUAAAUUCGCGUGUUCGAAUGGCCCGCUCCUGUCAGUCGUAUCCUGGUUUAUCCCGAUGACGUUUGGUGGCAAUGUUGCGUACGGCACGUUGCGCAUUCGCGUGAUGUAUACGCGUCUCCCGAGGUCUUCGCUGGUCUUCGCGGAACAUGCGCAUGUUCAUGUCAAUCGUAGUGCGAGGGGAAUAAUAUUUUGGCUUUCGGGGGCCUAAAAUUAGCCGGAAAAUGCAUAAAUUGAAAUUUUCACAAAGGGACAAAGUAAAAAAGUUUAUAACGUUUACACAAACCGGAGAACAAACAGCGAUAUAUUGUUUAGCACAAAAUGAUUGGAAAUUGGAUCUCGCAAGUGACAAUUAUUUCCAAAAUCCAGAAGCAUAUUACAAAGAACCGAAAAAUUCCGUCGACAAAAAGAAACUGGAAAUAUUGUAUAGCAAAUACCAAGAUCCAAGUGAACCUAACAAAAUUACGGCGGAUGGCAUCAUGAAAUUUCUUGACGAUCUUAGUCUGAGUCCUGAGAGUAAACUAGUCUUAAUUAUCGCGUGGAAAUUUCGUGCCGAAACGCAAUGUGAAUUCACUAAAGAGGAGUUUAUGACGGGAAUGAUGGAUUUGGGAGUGGAUAGUAUAGACAAGUUAAAAGCACGAUUACAUAGUUUAGAAAAUGAUUUAAGGGAUCCAUUAAAAUUCAAGGAUUUUUAUCAUUUCACAUUUAAUUAUGCAAAGAAUGCAGGACAAAAAGGCUUAGAUUUGGAUAUGGCAAUUGCGUAUUGGAAUAUUGUGUUAGAUGAUAAAUUUAAAUUUCUUCAAUUAUGGUGUGAUUUUUUACAGGAACAUCACAAAAGAUCAAUUCCAAAAGAUACGUGGAACUUAUUAUUAGACUUUGCACUUAUGAUUAAUUCAGACAUGAGUAAUUAUGAUGAAGAAGGUGCUUGGCCUGUAUUAAUUGAUGAUUUUGUAGAAUGGGCACAACCUCAAGUUCGCCAAUCUCUCUAACAUUUUUCUUUAUUUGCAACAUUUUCGCACGUGAUAAUUUUAUUUAUCUAUUUAUGAAAAAUACAUUUCCAAAUUACUUUGAAAUGAUUUUGUUUUUUUUCUAAUGACAACAUUUUGCUUUCUAAAAAUGAUUAUGAUAAUUAGACAAGAAUGUACUACAUUUAUUUUUAUAUUUACAAUGAAAAAAUUAUGAAUUUACUGAAAUUUACAAUGAUGAAUACAGAUUAUUCUAAAUCGCAUUUAAAAAUUAUAUUAAAAAAAGUUUAGUAGCAAUUUAGAAAAAUUAUUUAAAUAAGUACAAGUAUAUUCUAAUGGAAAUGUAAUUAAAAAAUAAUGACAACAAUCCAAAUUUUUUGAAUAAAUACUUUAAGUAUUCAAGAUUAUUUAUAUAAAGCUUCACUGCAAUAAAGAUUAAUUCUAUAAAUAAAAAUUUAAUUUUUAUAAAUGUAAAUAAAAUUUUUAUUUUUAUUUAUAGGAUAACUAAUCUCUACAUUACAAUAAAAGUUUACACAAAUCAUCCUAAAGUAUUUAAUAAGUAUUUAAUUAUAAAAAAAAUUAAGAUUUUUGUUAUAUCUUACAUUUCUAUUUUAUAUAUAAACAAUUUUUGAUCUAGAUUCUAAACUGCAGCGAUUUUUUAUUUUAAAUGUGAUGUAGAAUAAUCCAUAAUUUUUUUAUAAUUUUGUCAUUGUUAAUAAAAGUAGGUACAAUACAUUCUUAAUAUACACAUAAUAAUUAUAGUAUAUAUUAUAUAACAUUCUAAACAAUUUACAAUAUAUUGCUUUAAUAGAUAUUUCAUUUGCUAAAAUGUGCAAAGAAAGAAAUGUUUUUUGAGUGUUUUCUUAAAAAAAUAACGGAAUUAUUUACUUAUUUAUUAAGUUCAGUUUGUGUAAAAUCUACUAACCACAUAGGGUAUACGAGAUUAUCACUUGUAAAAUAAUUUAGCAAGUAUUGAUUUAUCUUGGAAAAGAAAAUGAGCAUUGCCUUGAAAUUGAUCAUAUUGUACAAAGUCACAAAUACGAGGGGUGAGACAUUUAUUUAUAUGUGGGAAUAUAAUAGAAAGUUGCUCAAGUAUACUACCACCUGGUAGUAUUUGCAAGCAAUUUAAAGAAAGAAGAGUACUUUUCAACGUUUUUUUUAAAUAAUAUAUUGGAAGCAAAAUUGUGGAGAAAUUAAUCUAUACGUUCCUGUAGAUAGUAAUUUUUAGAAAUUGCGUUGUUGAAAAUUGUUAUUAAAUAAAUUCUACGAUACUCUAAUACACGACACUUAGAAUGUAUAUAAAACAUAAAGAGAAAGAAAUCUGUAUUUUAGACAUUAUACUAUUUCGGCAUGGUUCUAUUUAUUUUUUAUAUUCAAUCGAGUUAUCGAGAAUAAUAAGAGAAAAGAAAUUUAUUUAUAAAUUAGGAGAUUACUUAUACAUAUACAUAUAUUUAUGAAACAUAUAUUUUUCUAGAAAGACGAAAUACAAAUUCUUUUAUAAAAUUGAAUGUGAUAAGUUCUCAAUUGCAUGACUUACUUAUUAAAUUGUUUAUUUAUUAAAUUAUUACAUAAGAAAGUCAUUUGUGAUUAUAUUCUUUACAGAUUUAAUUCUCUUAACACAGGUUUGUCAUAGAUAUUUUCUUUUUGUAUGUUAGACAAUAUCCCUUGUAACUACAUUCUAUACAAAUUUAGCAGCAAUAUAUUUAAAUUUUUAUCCACAUAAAAUAUGUGGAGAUUAUAAAGACAUAAUGUAAAAAAUUAUGUAUUAUCACAAAUUGAAAAGAUUGUUAGGAAAUCAAAAUAUUGUAGCUAUAUACAUAAAAUAUUAUAAAGCUAUGAAGCGAAAACUUUCGAAUAAAAUUGUCUCGUCCAUGCGUUUUUGAUUAUAUUUUAUAAGCAUAAUGUGUGUAUGAAAUAGAUGAACAAAGAAAAUCUCAAUAGAUAUGCAGUAAUACAAACUUAUAAUAUGUAGUUACAUAUCGCCAGGGAUAUGUUUGCGCAAUGCUAAACUAAUUCAAAAAGGAAUAUACUGUUAUUCCUUUGAAUUUUAUCAUCUUCAAAUAUAAAUUAUUUCCUUAAUAGUUUCAGCAUUGUGUAGACAAUAAAUUGUUUUACCAGCCUUAGAAGAAACAGAAAGUAAAUUGUACAUAAUGUAAAUACGUCAAUCUUAAUCUGUUCAGUUUGUUUGUUUAAACAAACUGCUGAACAAAUAUACACAAUAUUUCGUGUAUAUUAUCUCUAUAUGUGUUUAAAUAAAAAGUUCUUCUAAAAAUACAU